AUGAAAAUCAGUUCUGAAGUUUGUCAAUAUCAACCGCAGUGUAUGUAUAUCACAAGGGGUGAAUGUGAAGAGCAACAAAGUGACGUUGCUCUUGAAGAGCUGUUCUUUGCUGUAAAAAGCCGAAUACUAUCGGAAACAGGAGCUGCAUUACCUGUACCAAAGCUAAUACAACAAAGAAAAAUGAAAACAGUUGCUGGGAAUCAUGCACUAGUAUUUGAGAAACUGGAUGGUAUUGACUUGGCAACGAAAUGUAAAAGUCAGCUCAUUGGUGUUCAUAGAGCAAAACAAUUAGCAAAAAGCUUAUUGGACGGUAUGAAAGCCUUAGUGAAGUGUCGAACCGCACAUCUCGACAAUCUUAUGGGAAAUAUUUUCUAUAAUGAUAAAACACAGAAAGUAACAUUCAUUGACUUUGGAGAAAGUGCGACAAAAAAUGGAGAAGAGUAUGAAGGACGAAUGUCUCAAGAUAUAAUGCACCUUGUUAUUGACUGUUAUGUGCAAAAGGGUCCUACGGAAGCUAAAGCAUUUGGAACAAAAAAACAUCCACAACAUGAUUCAUCUAUAUCACCAGCAAGUUGA